AUGAACGAAAAAACUGUUGAUAAAUAUAAACUCUUAACGACAGAUCUUCUUGGAGCAGGAUCAUUUGCAAAAGUAUAUAAGGGAAUUGAUACUACCAAUAAUAGAUAAGUCGCCAUAAAAAUGCUUCCCAAAUAAAAUAUUCUCAAUGAUAAAUAUCUAAUGGAAGGCUUAAGAAGAGAAUUAUCAGUUAUGCAAAAACUGAAGGGAAAUAAUGUAGUUCGUUUAUUAGACACUCUUGAAUCUUCAAAUAAUUAUUACAUCGUACAAGAAUUCUGCAAAGAUGGAGAUCUUGGAACUUAUCUCAGAAAAUAGCAAUAUUUAACUGAAGUAGGGGCAAUAAGAAUAUUAACUGAUAUCCUAAAUGGCUUCAUUGAAUUAUUAUAACAAGGAAUUAUACAUAGGGAUUUGAAACCAGCUAAUAUACUCGUCCACUAAAACACUUUUAAAUUAGGAGAUUUCGGAUUUGCUAAAUGCAUAUCUAAUUUUUAAAGAGAUGUAAUGGAAUCUGUGGUUGGCACUCCCCUAUAUAUGGCACCAUAGAUCUUAAUGAGAGAAACAUAUACUAGUAAAUGUGAUAUUUGGUCAAUUGGAUGCAUUUUUUAUGAAUGCAUAUUCAGAAGAACUCCAUGGAUUGCUAACUCUGUACCAUAAUUACUGAAUUCUAUUUUAAAAUACCCAGUUUCGUUCCCCUCAUAUAUUUCUGCUGAGGCUAAAGAUUUUAUAUUGAAAUGUCUCGAAGUAGAAGAAGACAAGCGUAUAGGUUGGAAUGAUUUGUAUAGACAUCCGCUAAUUUAUUAAAAGUUUAAGGAUCAUGUUGAUAAAGUGAUUAAUAUGGAAGCCUAGGCAGAGUUCAUCAUUAAUGAGCUAAGAUAAAUGAUAGUUGUUAAAUAAAUAGAUUUAUUGGAAACAUUUAAAAAGUUGUAAGUUUAGGAUAAUUAAUUUCUAACUUUUAAGGAAUUACAACUGUUAUUAAAUGAAAUAGAUCCCAAACUCACUAGAUAAUAAAUUGAAUUUGUUUUUAAUAUGAUUGAUGUUGACAUGACUAAUUAAAUUAAUUUUUUAGAGUUUUAGAGAUGUCUCUAACAACAUAGAGUUAGAUUAAGCUUAUAAGAAAUUAAACCAGAUAUCGUUUAUGAAAACAGCCCAUUAAUUUAAAUGCCUAAAUGGAAAAUUGAAUUAAAGAAAAUAAAAGAUAAAAUAGAAGAAGAGGAAAAAAGUUUAGUUAAAUUAUUUAAAUAAUUUGAUACUGAUGUCAAUUAAGUACUCGAUCUAGUUGAGUUUGUCAAAUUUCUCAGAUAUUUUAAUUCUAAAAUCAGUAAUGAAGAUGCAAGUUUGAUAUUUCAACAUUUUGAUAAAAACUGUAAUGGAGGUAUUGAUUUUUUAGAAUUUAAGUCAACUUUCGAAUCUUAACUAUGA